AUGGCGGAUAUCAUCGACCGUCGCAAGAUGUCACCCACCUCGAGCGCUUAUGACACGAAUAAUGAGAAUGACGGGCUUAAACCAGAAGCGACCUCAGCGACAGCGAAACUGAACCAAAUCGUCUUGAGUCGCAUACAAGCCGCCAUCACAGCCGAUCCGGAAGUUUCACUCCGCCGAGAGGUGCAACGAAUUCUAAAGGAAGCAUUUGACGAACAGAGAAGUUCAAUGCCGUCAUCAAAGAAUCCUAAGUUUGCAAAUGCUCCCACCGAACGACGGGACUUCUGCGCCCGCCUAGUUGCCCGCACCUCCAACGCUGAGAUUAUAUACGCGCUAUCCGACGAGACAAGAAAAGUUCUUUCCAGUUAUAUGGAGCCGGAUUCUGGAUCUGAGCUGAUUGAAGCUUCUAUUGUAACCUUGUUAUCGCGAAUGAUCUUGAGCUGCGAGAAACUGUGGGAAGUCCCCACAAGAGGCGUCGUUCUCAAGUGCAAUUCCCGCCUUGCUGCAAAGAUCAUUAAAGGCAAUAAUGAUUAUACGGAGUACACAUCGAUGCAAUAUCUCGAAGAGAACGCGCCGGACGUACCAGCCCCGAGACCUCACGGUCUUGUUAAAUUUGGUAGUGCACGAAUCAUGUUUAUGACAUAUUUUCCAUCGACAACGCUCGAAUCCGCAUGGCCGAACCUUACACACGAGAAUAAACUAUUGAUUCAACACCAACUGAACGAUAUCUUUCUCAAACUACGGGCUUUGACAAGUACAGGUGUUGAGCAUAUUCUAGGAGGAGUGAACGGUGAAGGUGUGCAAGACCUUCGUCGUGAUGGCCACGCGACCCGCGAGACUAUAUCAACGGUAGCUGCAUUCGAAGAUUUCCAGUUUUCGAUUCCACCUCAUAACACCUCAUCAUUUGUCAAAUUCCUCCGCAGUCUACUCCCACCUGCUUCGUCAACUGUUGUUUUCACUCAUGGAGACGUCCGGACGGCAAACAUCAUGGUGGAUAUUGAUCAGACCGGGAUAUAUCAUGUGACGGGUAUAAUUGACUGGGAGACUAGUGGAUUUUAUCCGGAGUAUUUUGAAUCGUCGAAGAUUUUGUACCUUUUUAGGCUGUAUAAGGAAGAAGAUUGGUGGCAGUACUUGCCGCCCUGCAUCGCUCCGGCAAAGAACCCUGAGAUGUGGUUGAUUGACCGAUUAUGGGAUAUGAUUGUCUAUGCUUAA